UUUGCCUUUUUGUACAAAAAAAAAAAAACUCAAAUUAAAUUGAUCAAAUUUACUGGACUGAACUUCGUAAAUGUAACUUUGGUGGAAGGAUUUGGUGGGCUUAGGGGUGGUGAGAGGAGUGUCCGGAGAUUGAUUGCAUGACGCUUUUGAGAAACAUCUUGGUAAUGGGAGGGAUAUUAAGUUUUGGUUGGACACUUGAUGUGGUUCGGUUCCUCUCACGGAAGCUUUUCCUCGUCUUAAAUUAUCGCUUCAACCGGAAGAUACGAUCUAUGACAUGGGAGUGAGAACACUUGGGAGAGGUCUUGGCAAUUAAAAUGGAGAAGACCCUUUUUUGUUUGGGAGGAGAAAGUUUUCGCUCGCCUUUGGACAUCCAUUGAGCUUGUCCAAAUUUCUAGUGAUGAGCCUUCAAUUGGAUGUUUCAUUUUGAUAGUCAAGAUAUUUUUUCAGUUAAGGCGAUUACUCUUUUCUUCUUAAUAGACUAUCUCAUUAGUUUCCUCGGAACAAGCUUUGGCGUUGUCUAAAGUUUGGGCUGGUUGGACCGCGUUGAAAGUUAUGGUGUUUUCUUGGAAAGCCUUAUUGGCUAGAAUUCUAACAAAGUCCAACUUAAUUGCAAGGGGGGUUGUGUUGAAUCAGAAUACCACCACUUCUUCUUCUUCUCGGGAAUUUGGGUGGAGGUGUAUAGAUGGUUUGGAGUCGUUGAAGUCUUCUCGGGUAAUAUUUUGGUUCUCUUGGAUAGCUUUUUAUCAUCCGCCAAUUGAGGUAAGGAGCUAGUGGAUACAAAUUCAGCAGAUUAUUUGUCAAUUAUGGGUCAUAUUGACAAUAGAGUGGAGUUGGACAAAAGCAUCCAACGUGAAGACCCCAAAUAUAAUGUUGCUUUGUCUAUGAUGGCUUCUAAAGCAGCUUACGAGAAUAAAGCUUUUAUACAAGAUACUGUUCAAAAUCAUUGGAAGAUGGAAAUUGUUGCAAGCGGUGACUACUGGAAUGAUUAUCAACAAAAAGCUACAACUGAAGCUUUUGUGCUCCUAGAUAAGAGUAAUAACUACGACACCUACAUAGUAACUUUCAGAGGAACUGAACUCUUUGAUGCUGAUCAAUGGUCUUAUGAUUUUGAUGUCUCAUGGUUAGAGCUUCCUGGUUUGGGAAAAACCCAUGCUGGUUUUAUGAAAGCCUUAGGUUUACAGAAAAGCAACAUUGGCUGGCCGAAAGAAAUUAAAACAAAUCCUAACCAUGUACCUGAAGCCUACUAUUUCAUUAGAGAUUUACUGAAGAAUCAUUUGAAUGAAAAUGAUAAAGCAAAGUUUAUUGUGACUGGUCAUAGUCUAGGUGGAGCUUUGGCGAUUCUGUUUCCUGCAAUAUUGAUGUUGCAUGAGGAGACACUUCUUUUGGAGAGGCUUCAAGUGGUGUACACAUUUGGUCAACCAAGAGUUGGAGAUGGUAUAUUUGCGGAAUACAUGGAGAAGAAUUUGAAACAUAAUGGUAUUAAGUAUUAUAGGAUGGUUUACAGCUAUGAUAUUAUUCCUAGAUUUCCUCCUGAUAUCAAGGAUGACUUGUUUAAACACUUUGGGACAUGUCUUUAUUUUGACAGAACUAUAAUGGCAAGGUAUAAAGUGCAAGAGGAGCCAAACAAGAACUACUUUUCUUUGUCAGCGAUAUCACCGAUGACACUGAAUGUUAUUUGUGAGCUCAUGAGGAGCUUCACUAUGGUGUCUAGAUUUGGAUCAGAGUAUCAAGAGGGAUGGAUUUUAAGAAUAUUUCGAUUUGUAGGCUUAGUAUUUCCUGGAGCACCUGAUCACCUACCCCAAGAUUAUGUUAAUGCUACUCGAUUGGGAUCAAUUCCCUCCAAGGUGGAUUGAUGCUUGUAUUUUGUUAGUUGAAGUAACAAAAUACUCGUAGGGACGCACAUGUUGGUUAUCAUAUUAAGGUAGAGUUCUAAGUUUAUAAUAAAAUAUGGAUUGAAUUAAUAUCUGUAAAAAAUUUAUACGCCGUCAAUAAAUUGUAAUCUCCUAAUCAUUUAUAAUGUUUGCCUUUCAUUAUAA